GCCCAGUGAGGCAGCGCCAUAGUCACCGUAGUCCUGGCGACUGUAACCCACCAACAACAACCUCUCGCUCCAUCAUUACCACCUCCUCCACCAUCCUCAUCUCAUCAACCAGUCCACAGCUCAGGCGCCAUGCAGACACCUGAGGCAGGCGCUGACUCCACCUCCACUGUCCCUCUUCAGACCACCGUGCCUGUCCAGCCCACCGGCUCCAACCAGCAGGUGCCUGUCCAGCAACAGGCCCAGACUGUUCAACAGGUUCAGCAUGUUUACCCUGCACAGGUUCAGUAUGUGGAGGAAAACAGUGGCGUCUACACCAAUGGCAACAUAAGAACCUACUCGUACUCAGAGCCGCAACUGUAUAGCCAGAACAGUGGAGGGAGCUACUUUGACACACAGGGCAGCUCAUCACAAGUGGCCACUGUGGUGACAUCUCAUGGCAUGACCAACAAUGGAGGAGGGGGCAAUGGAGGAAUGAGCAUGAAUCUGGCGGGGGGUCAGGUAAUCAGCAGCAGUCCUGGGGCUUACAUCAUGGACAACACUGGACCCCACCCUGCUACUCAGACCGCACGAGCUUCCCCAGCUACUAUUGAAAUGGCGAUUGAGACGCUCCAAAAAUCUGAGGGUUUAUCCAGUCAAAGAAGCUCACUGCUCAACAGCCAUCUCCAGUGGCUGUUGGACAAUUACGAGACAGCAGAGGGCGUAAGUCUACCACGAUCCACCCUCUACAAUCAUUAUCUGCGCCACUGCCAGGAGCAGAAACUGGACCCUGUAAAUGCAGCCUCUUUUGGCAAACUCAUCCGCUCCAUCUUCAUGGGACUCCGUACAAGGCGCCUUGGGACAAGAGGGAACUCCAAAUAUCAUUACUAUGGCAUACGUGUGAAACCAGACUCGCCACUCAAUAGACUCCAAGAAGACAUGCAGUAUAUGGCCCUCAGACAGCAACCUGUGCAGCAGAAACAGAGGUUCAAGCCAGUGCAGAAGUUUGAUGGCUGCUCUGGGGAUAAUUACUCAGGUGGAGGCCAGCCCCAACCUGGUGCAGCAGAGCAGACCGUCAUCGCACAGAGCCAACACCACCAGCAGUUCCUAGAUGCGUCAAGGGCACUCCCCGACUUUGUAGACCUGGACCUGGGACAGAGCAAUACAGAGAACAUCAGCCCAGAGGAUGUGAAAGCUCUCCAGACCCUUUACAGAGAGCACUGUGAGGCUAUCCUGGAUGUGGUUGUCAACCUCCAGUUCAGUCUAAUUGAGAAGCUGUGGCAGACAUUCUGGCGUUAUUCUCCCCCUGACUCUGUAGAGGGUGCCACUGUAACAGAAAACAGCAGUAUAAGUGAGAUUGAAGUGCGGCUCCCCCGGUCACAGCUAUUGGUGCUGUGUAGAAACGAGGUUGUACUCAAAUGGAUGAGCACCUGUGACCAUCUAAUGUACCAGUCCCUCGUGGAGAUCCUCAUUCCUGAUGUCCUGAGACCCAUUCCCAGUGCCUUGACUCAAGCCAUUCGCAACUUUGCCAAAAGCCUGGAAGGUUGGCUCAAUAAUGCCAUGAAUGCCAUUCCACAGAGAAUGAUCCAGACCAAGAUUGCUGCUGUUAGUGCCUUUGCGCAAACACUGCGCAGAUACACAUCUCUGAACCACCUGGCUCAGGCGGCACGUGCUGUGUUGCAAAACACAUCACAGAUCAACCAGAUGCUGAGUGAUCUCAACCGUGUUGACUUUGCCAACGUACAGGAGCAGGCAUCAUGGGUGUGUCAGUGUGAGGAGGGAGUGGUUCAGCACUUGGAGCAGGACUUCAAGGCCACACUACAGCAGCAAAGCUCUCUGGAGCAAUGGGCGGCCUGGCUGGACAAUGUGGUCACUCAGGUGCUCAAGCCUUACGAGCACCGGCCCAGCUUCCCCAGGGCAGCGCGACAGUUUCUGCUCAAGUGGUCCUUCUACAGUUCUAUGGUGAUCAGGGACCUGACUCUGCGCAGUGCUGCCAGCUUUGGUUCCUUCCACCUGAUUCGCCUGCUGUAUGACGAGUACAUGUUUUACCUAGUGGAGCAUCGUGUGGCCCAAGCUACUGGAGAGACACCCAUGGGUGUCAUGGGGGAGUUCGACAGCCUCAACACCCUGUCCCUAAGUAACCUUGAUAAAGAUGAAACAAGUGGGAUGGACAGUGACUUAGAAGAGGACACGGAAGAGUCUGGGGAACCUCUUGCCAAACGAGAGAAGUCGGAGCAUGAGGUGAUCCAGGUUAUCCAGGUCGGGGCAUUAGAGGACGGGUCCCACCCUGUGGUGGGUGUCGUCCAGCCAGGUGUCCUCCACUCGCUGCCCCAGCCCCCGCAGGACCACACUGAGCACAUCCUAACCCCCUCUGCUGGUACUCCCACCAUCCGCCACUGCAGCACCACAGGCAACACCUAUGCCUCCGUUUGAGGGUCUGAGGGCACGGCUAACCUUGUCAGGCCUAUUUUUGCUCACUCGCCACAUAUCUUUCUCGCUGUAAGUCUAGAUGUAUCCGUCUUUUUCAUGUAUUGUCUCUGUCUGCAAUUGUGUAGACAAGCUCUCCAAUCCCUAUCUAGCCCGGUCAGUGGGGGAGUGCUGAAAUGAUGAUACUCUGGCCAAGAUGUGCUGUCCGUGUCUGACUGCUUAGAUUCUAGAUGUGCUGUCAUCCCAUAAGUCUCUGUGCUCUAUCACAAUGCGGCAGCUGGAGGAGAAGGACUAAUUUGACCCAUUAAAUGUUUCCUGCCUAGGUAUGACUUAAAGCCUCUGUCUGUCUAUAAAGACAGGUUUUAUCUUGAAGGAAAAUUAAACUCCUUCAAACUACUGAUGUCUCAGAGCUCAAAUCCAUGUCACUAGUCCCAGUGGAGCAAAGUCAUCGAUAGACUCAAGACCUUUGCCUAUUGUAAAUAGUUUUGCUGUACUUUCAAUUGGUAUUAUCCAAAACUCAUGGUGCUAUCAUUGUUUUGUUUUAAUUCCCUCCUAAUUUUAGUAUGAUUUUUGUCAACAUGCAUUCCACCUGCUGAUAAACGUUUGGCUGAACAAAAUAUUUUGAGUAUUGUAUGUAGCUAAAAAACAAAUGGAUGACUUUCUAUGUAUGUAUGACAUUUGAAAAAGGAUCAUGGGGCAGUUUUGUCUGGUCUGUUCUAAAAAUGAUAUGGUAGCCACCCACUGAUAACCACUUACAGAUUUUAGCCACAGAAAAAGGAAAAAUUAAGAAGUAUCUGUGCUGCUACUCGUGUAUAUAGAAAUGAGAUUGAGAAGACCGGCUGUACAAAACCACUUCCUCAAUGCUAGCUUUUCUAUGCACUCCGUGCAUAACACUUGCCUUUGUUAAUUUUAGAUGCUCUUCAGUGUGGUUUACACAACAAGCUGUAAUUGUUAAUUGUGUAAUGUUACUGGACAACUUACACCCCCCCCACCCCCCCACCCCCCCCUCCCGUUUUUUGCAGUUCCUGUCUUUUAAUGAAAUUCACAAAGGACCAAAAAACAAACUUAACAAGAGGAAGCUGAGAGUGAGCCAUAUGGGCCCACCCAAGAGCUGUUUCCUGUCCCACAGUGCCAUGUUGCAGAGCAGAAGGAAUGUCAGGGAUUUAAUGUACCUCGGCUUUAUCAUAGUGCCUUAUCCUUAAAUGCAGCUGUCCUUGAAGUCCUGACUGUGUGCUGUAGAGAGCCCACAGCCCCUCUGCAUUGUCCCAGCCACAGAUUUGGCUUUCUGGUGACUCGUGGCUGGAUUUGGGCUGGCUCAUCAGUGUUGACACCAAGGAAUGCAGGCACAGACACACCUGUUGUUUUCUCUGGAUCAGCUCUACUAAGCCUAUUACUUAUCUGAAUCAUGGUCUUUAGCCUUGCCCCCUGCCCUCACUCUGCCCUCCUAAGGCCUAUUCUCGCAUUAGCCUUUGUUAUCGGGUGAAGUGUGUGUGUUUGUGUACACGGAUGCAUAGGUCUGCACUGUGUUUUUAUGUGCAUGUGUACAUGUGUAUAUAAGCCUGUGUGUGUGUGUGUGUGUGUGUGUGUGUGUCUGCGUGCUUGUGUGUGUAUGUGUUGGAACACAUCCAUCAGUCACCCUACCUCAAACCAGUGGUGCCAGCCCUUUGACGCGUGCAGCACAGUCACCAAACCUUAUUGCACACACACCACUGUACUGCACAAAUCUCAACGCGAUAGAGAAAAACUGCAUUGCUUUUCUCUCACCUCUGAUACAUUUUCACUUCAGUUUUUAGCCCAUAAAAUGCUUUCAUUCUUUGUUCCCUGUUUAAAGAUCAUCUUUGUACAGUGGACCAAAAGUAGAUAUUUUGUGAUAUUCAAAGAGAUAUAUAGAUAUAUAGAUAUAUAUAUAUAUAUAUAUAUGUAUAGUAUAUAUAAUGAUCAUACACUACAUAUAUUUGUUGCUUUUUAUGUGGUUGAUCUGAUUGUUUAUGUGUGAUUGUUUCUUUUGGUAGCUCCUCUGUAAUUAGUUCAUAGACUGUGAAAUGGAAACAGCAUGGGGACUAACUUCUGAUUCAUUAGACUACAUCUAUACUUGAACUGUUAUAGCCUUCUGUGUUGUGGCGAAUAUUGAGAUUAAUCCUCUAAAUAGGAAGAUUUUGUUACUAAACUAAAUUGUAAUUGUUUUUUUCCAUGCUCUGUGAAAUGGUCUGUGCCAUUUCCCUGCAGAAAUGUUUAUUUAUUGAUAUUUAUUGUAUUUUGUUAUUGUUUAGAUGCCUACCCAUUGUAACACAUUAUAAUGGGUAGUGAUAAUGAAUCAUGAAGUAUACCACUGCAAAGAGCAAACCUACUGUACAGGUGGACCAGAGGUUUUUUUUGUUGAUUUGUUUGUUUAUUGAUUUGUUUUGUUUUUUCCUUUUGUAAGUAAAGUACACUGAUUUAAGGUUUUUGGAAAAAAUGGGUUGGCACUGUGUUUGCUGUAAUCAGUCUGUUAUGUUCUAUUACUAGUCAAAGAUUUCCUUUAGAUACUAGAUGUACACAGGAUAUUUGCCUUGUUUUUGUGGUUGUGCCUGUGUAGAAAACAUGCUUAGCAGUAAAGGAGGGUGGGAAAGUGCAAAUACUGCACAUCAUUUAGGUUACUGGGUCAGCGGACUCUCUCAGAUGUUUUGUUAAAUCAUUUCUAUGACACUUUGGGGAAUCUGAAAAGUAAAUUAUGGCAACCCCAAAGACACCUUCCUCAUUGAUUAAACCUACGGUACAUAUCUCAUGCUGUAGCCUCAUCCUGCUGUCUUGAAAUGUCGGGCUUACCAGAUCUAGGAAUUGAGCACACACAAAUCUGGCUUUCUUAUUAUGUUGCUUUUGAAAAGUCUGCAAGAAGAUGUCAAUUAAUUUUAAGCAGCUGGAAGUUGAACGCCUGAGGCUGUUUGUUUACAUCAGUCGGUGAGCAUAAUGAACUUGGUAUUAAACUGCUGAAGGCAAGUGGGGAGGAAGUAUUGAAAAUGUCCAUCUAAAAAAAUUGAAUGGAUAGCAAAACUUAAGCCCUAGAUCACCUCUUAUACUUUCUCCAGAGCCACACGUAAAUCUGUGUUCGCAUAAUAACUUCCCAGAAAAUCAACUACCCCAUUCCCAAGAGCUCACUUAACUGACUCCAGCACUCACUGAAUUUUUGAGAAUGAAGUUGUAAAAAGUGAUGGCGUUCUAUCUGUGACUUUAAAAUGUUAAAUUAUGUUGUAAAUCUGGGUAGUGUGUACCGAAAUGAAGGUUUUGCAGGACACUUUUUCUUGCCAAUGGCAUUUUUUGGCCAUUCUCUCAAUGAAUGAUUUUUGUUAAAAAAAUAUGAAUCUCAGCUCCCUCGUCAUAUAAAUGAACUACAGCAUUGUAGAUGUAAACUUGUAUUAUUUUGUGCCUGAAGUGAAUAUGGCUUAUAAAAUGUUUUCUUUAAAUCUUUAUUGUGUGCUUUAGGAUCAUAAGUGCUUUCUGGUCUUGCACGUCUACCAUGUGCUGCUAGAAACCUUUCUUUUUUUUUUUGGUCAAUUUUGCCCCUCCCCUUUUUUUUUUUUUUUUACAUUAACGUGCCAGACAGUGAUUUAGCUUUCUGCAACUCAAAGCCUGCCUGGUCUACACUGGAAUGAUGUUAAUGCUGCCAACACAAUUGUACUUUAUUUCUUGGUGUCUUUUAAAUGGAGAAGUAAGAUUGUUUUUGUAACAGCUGUUUGCAAAUGAGCCUGUUUCCAACCAGAAAACAUGAAAAAUAUAAUAAAAUAAAUAAAAAGACAUAAGCUAUUCCUAAACUUGUCAUAGGAGCAAAAGCUAAGAGAUGCCUCUUCACCUGGACAAAAUGGCAGCUUCACUGACCCAUAGCAGACUCCAGUGCCUUUAAUUUCGCCCCGGCCAGAGCAGAUGGCCUGGGUAACUAUUGGGUCUCUGGUGGGCUACAGAUAGAGGCUAUCAGAGCAGACAUUUCAUUGCACAGGUGCUGCCACUGAGAAGACACCGGGGCUGAGGAAGCAUAAAGACCUGUCCUCAGACUGGACUAUUUAUUAUUUACUGGAUGUGACACCACAGACACACACACAUGCAUACUUGAUAGUUUACACACGGUAGAUUAUCUGCAGACUGCUUUUUAUUGUAUAGAACUGGUUAAUGAACAAGGGGAGUUACUGUAAGUAAAAUGCUCUCUUAGGACUUCUUUUCUCAUGAUCGUGAUUUCUUUCGUCGAACGAUAUUUUCUGAAUGCUGUGACCUGUUUUGAGAUUUGUAUUUGGAUGUUUUCAAGUGCCAUUUGACAGUCUAGUGAGUCGUGGCCAUCUGUAGCACGCUCUAAUGCAAGCACAAGCAUUUGGCAGUGGCAUUUGGGGAAGGUUUUUAUUUUCAUUCACCCUAGACAAAAAUAUGUAUAUAUCAAAAACUGAAAAAGGUAUAUUUAUUUGUGUCCUAAUUAUUUGAUUUGUUCUUUUGGUGAACAUUUUAUCAGAUAUGUUGGUUGCUUUUGUGAUUUCCUUUUCGGAUAAUGUAUACUAUCUGAUAUAAUAUAUACACACAAAUUUCAUGUGACUUUCUUUUUGUGUGCCAUUAAGAUUUCUUCUCAAAUUGGCAAGCAAACAAAUGCGUGUAGGGUGAUUUGUAUUGUGUAUUUUACAUAAAAAACAAGGACAAUUGGGGGACUUUUAUAUUUAUAAAGACAUUAUCAUUUAGUGUGUCGUAUUGAUGACUAUAGAAACUAUUAAAGACACAUGUAGUUUGGUUUUCUGAAUAUUUCAGAUCUCAGCUCAGGCUAGCUUCUUAGUGUUGUUUUCUUAAAAUUUGUGACUUGUCUUUGCAGUAAUAAACGUUUUCUUGUUGAAA